AUGGCCCCUGCAGUUAAUGGUCAGCUUGCUAUCCUCGUCGGCAUUCCUCUGUCCUUUGUCGCGGUCACGGCAUUUAUGCGGUUGAUCAAGAAGCGACAGAAUAACCAUUCUCUUCCUCCUGGCCCAGUGCCGCUCCCACUGUUAGGGAACGUCUUAUCUAUUGACGCUAAGGAGCCUUGGCUGACUUAUACCGAAUGGGGUGCUAUGUAUGGGGACUUGAUCUUCGUGCGAAAUCUAGACGAGGACAUAGUCGUGAUCAAUUCUCAGCAUAUCGCAGAAGACUUAUUGGACAAGCGUUCUCGUAUUUACUCCGAUCGACCACACCUAGCUACACUCGAGCCAUAUGGUUUAUCGAUCAACUUUGCAUUCAUAGCUUAUGGUGAUGAAUGGCGUCUCUGCCGACGACUCUUCCACCAAACUUUCCGUCCUGAAUCUGCAUUGAAAUUUUACCCAAUGCAGAUCAGACGAGCUCGUGAGAUGGUCGUCAACUUAGUCGAUGACCCUCAAAACUAUUAUGACCACUUCGCAACAUUCUCGUUAUCUGUUGUGAUGUCAACUGUAUAUGACUAUAAUAUCAGUGCUCGUGACGAUCCUGUGGUGCAGACUGUGAUAAAGGCAUUGGUUCCGGGCUUGACCUUGUUGACCCCAGAGAGAGCACUGAUGCUUAAAACCUUCCCCUUCUUACUGAAGUUACCUGACUGGUGCUGGGGAUCCUCGAUUAAGCGUGAUGCUCGAACUUCGACCGAACGCGUCAAUCAAAUGGCCGACGUGCCACUCCAAUAUGUGCACCAGCACAUGGCCGACAGCUCGUUCGACGUUCAAUCUUCAAUGGUUGCAGAAAAUUUGCGACGGAUGGAGAUGCAAGAGGAGGCAUUCAAACCUGCAUUCAAGAAUGCCUUGAGGAAAGCAGCUACUACCGCUAUUAUAGCUUCGUAUGAGACGACUGCGGCAACUGCGAUGGUCUUUGUUUUGGCCAUGGUGUUAUAUCCAGACGUUCAGAAACGCGCACAAGCAGAAAUUGACUCGGUGAUUGGAAGAGAUCGGCUGCCAACAUUCGAGGACAGAGCAUCACUACCCUACAUUGAUGCAGUUGUGCGGGAAACUUUCCGAUGGCAGCCUGUUACACCCAUUGGCGUACCGCAUGCUACCUCGAUCGAUGACAUAUACAAUGGCUAUUUCAUUCCAAAAGGCGCAAUCAUCGCAUACAACACAUGGGGCGUUACACGGGAUGAAAAGCGGUACCCCGAUGCAUCUCGUUUUAUGCCAGAGAGAUUCAUCGAUGUUAAUGGUGCGUUAACAAGUGACGACCCCGCACAAUACAUUUUCGGCCUUGGCCGGCGUAUAUGUCCAGGGCGGUAUACUGCUGAUGCCUCCUCGUGGUGCUCCAUUGCGACCAUGUUGGCCACAUUGCAUAUUACUUCUGCCAAAGACGACCAAGGCAAAGUAAUCAGCUUCACCCCCAAGUUCAUCCCCGGUGUGGUUCGCUGUCCUGAGGUCUUCCCUUGCAGUAUUUCGGCACGGUCUCACAUUCAUUCUGACGAUGUGGAUGGUUGGCGAACCGCCGAGUUUUAA